AUGAAACAAGUAGUCGUAUAUACAGCAAUAAGAUUGGUAGAUGGUUCAACACCUGACACAGCCGGCCUCCUGCUAGUUGACGGUUCAACACCUGACACAGCCGGCCUCCUGCUAGUUGACGGUUCAACACCUGACACAGCCAGCCUCCUGCUAGUUGACGGUUCAACACCUGACACAGCCGGCUUCCUGCUAGUUGACGGUUCAACACCUGACACAGCCGGCCUCCUGCUAGUUGACGGUUCAACACCUGACACAGCCGGCUUCCUGCUAGUUGACGGUUCAACACCUGACACAGCCAGCCUCCUGCUAGUUGACAUUUCAACACCUGACACAUCCGGCCUCCUGCUUACGGAUGACACAACACCUGACACAGCCGGCUUCCUGCUAGUUGACGGUUCAACACCUGACACAUCCGGCCUCCUGCUUACGGAUGACACAACACCUGACACAGCCGGCUUCCUGCUAGUUGACGGUUCAACACCUGACACAUCCGGCCUCCUGCUUACGGAUGACACAACAUCUGACCCAACUGGCUUCCUGCUAGUUGACGGUUCAACACCUGACACAUCCGGCCUCCUGCUUACGGAUGACACAACAUCUGACACAGCCGGCUUCCUGCUAGUUGACGGUUCAACACCUGACACAGCCGGCCUCCUGUUAGUUGACGGUUCAACACCUGACACAGCCGGCCUCCUGCUUACGGAUGACACAACAUCUGACACAGCUGGCUUUCUGCUACUGGACAAAGAAUCUGGAUGGAGGUGA